AUGGCAAGCUAUGCUUUAUACCAAUACACGCCCAGCCUGGCCGCAGCUGUCAUAGCACUGAUAUGCUAUGGCGCAAGUUCCGGCUAUCACAUUUACCAAAUGAUAAAGCUACGAUGCUAUUUCUUCUCCACAUUCAUCGCCGGCGCACUCAUGAUGACGCUGGGCUACGCACUACGCGCUAUAUCAUCUCGAAACACCACAAGCCUGGGUCCCUACAUCGGACAAAGCAUCUGCCUUCUUCUUCCGCCGUCCCUAUACGCCGCAACCAUCUAUAUGAUUUACGGCCGAAUCGUCCGUUUCGCCCGCGCCCCCGAGCUCUCAAUCAUCUCUCCACAAAAAGUCACCAAGGUCUUUGUUAUUGGCGACGUCCUCGCCUUCUUGGCCCAGGCGAGCGGCGGUGGUAUGAUGGCGAUAUCGUCCAUGUCAAGCUUGGGGCAGAAGGUCAUUGUGCUUGGCUUGAUAGUACAGUUGUUAUUCUUCGGGGGGUUCCUGACGAUCUCACUGAUCUUUUACCGUCGCAUCCGUGCACGCAGCACUUUUCCCAUUCGGGCCAUGCCGUUUGGGAAUCUUCUUUUUGUUCUCUUUGGCGCGUCGGCGCUGAUUAUCCUGCGGUGUUUUUAUCGCAUCAUUGAGUUUUGUCAGGGGAAUGAGGGGUAUCUGAUCAGCCACGAGGUUUUCAUGUACUUGUUUGAUACAAUUCCCAUGCUCAUUGUGCAGAUCAUGUUCCACUACUAUCAUCCGGGCAAAAUCCUCCAAGAAAAGUUUUACGGAGAUUUGGGAGCAGGCGUGGGGGUGUGA